GUUAAUUGGGGGACUUGUUAAAAAGUUGGCGCGCUGGGAAGCGUCGCUCCCGAAAUUGACAACUUUGAGUGUGGGGUUUUUCCCCCUCGCCUCCUCGCUCUGGCUUUGCUCGCCGAGUGGCCCGGUGGGUUCUGAUCUGAAACUUUUCCCCUGUAGCGGGCCCGCGGGGAUCUCUGAAGCUCGUGGGAUUCCUCCCCCCACCCGAAGAGGCGAAAAGCCUCUAACAAAGAGGAGGACCGGGAUUUGUGCAGUAGCAGCUCCAGCGAUGUAAUUCAGGGUAUUUCGGCUCUAGUUGUCAUGGUAAUGAUGCUCUCGGCGGCGGCGGCGGCGGCGGCGGCAGCGGCAGCGGCAGGGAGUUGCAGCUCCGGUGAUGAACGGCAGUAAUUUUCCUGCCUUUUAACUAGGAUUCAAAAUAGGGGCUUCAGUGGGUCCAAGUUAAUAUAUCUAAUGGUGACUCCCAGCUGGUUGGCUGGGAGGAAGCUUGAGAGGGAAGGGGCCUGGGCAGCAGUGGUUGGAGUUUGCAAAGGCGCUCCGGUGAUCUCUGGAAACAGGGCGUAAUUGUAGGAAUGUGGCUUAUUGUAUUGAAAUGAGCCUGGGGCUCUCCUAGGCACGUCUGCCUGGCGUAGCCUACUUGCCCGUAUACACUUUUCCCUUCAGAGGUAAUCGGGUGUAAUUGCCGACUCCCGAGCCCGGACACGCGUGGGGAUGGUGUUCCUUUCCUUCGGGCCUUGGCUUGGUGUGGGAAUGUUUUACUCUUAACUGACUUUUGGAGAAGUUGCUCUGAGUGUUUUGCUCUUAAUAGAAAUAAAUGAAAGUUCUCAGUGGUGAGAGGAGAGCGGUUGUGAGAGCGCAGCCUGCGGAGACUGGCUUCCAAAGGCACCUCUCGAACCCGUUGGAAGCUUGGGUCAGUAGUAAGAGAGAAAGCAUUUGCCCCUUGCUUCUAAAGAACGUUCCUGGAGAUUGCCUUUUAUUUACGCCUCUGGAUUCUUCAGAGGGAAGUGCUGCAAGGAGUUUAGUAAUCAGAAAUCUCGGGCUGUUAUCCCAGAGCCUUAGGGUGCCAGGACAGAGGUAAAGGACAAAUCUGUCCUGAAUCUUCUAUUCCCACGACAGAGAAGUAUUUCACAGAACUGAGUUGGGGAAAGAAAAAAGCUGCCCAACGCGGCUACUUAGGGACAAUGAAUGAAGUUAGAGUUCAUUCGAGUUAUCUUACCUGUAUUCGGCGCUCCUAACGUGAAUAUCAAAGACUCCUUUGGCUAGGCAAUCUCCACACCGGCUCCCUCCCCCCGCACCCACCCACUCCCUUCCCUGCGGACGCGCGCUCGCAGAAAUUCUCCCCCGCGGUUUGUCUCCUCUCCCUCGGUCUUUCUGAGAAUCUCUGUCUUUCCCUUUCUGUCGGUCUCUCCUCCACUCCUACUGCCCCCGCCCAACCUCCGCCCCCGCUCCCCAGGGUUGGAAACUCCGCGGAGGAGCCCCGGUCACAAUGGUGCGUUUCACGGUUUCCUCCACACACUUCACCACGGGGAGGGGAACACGGGGGUGUUCCUUUCGGCUGCCCACGAGAAAGAAAGGAGCUUUGACAGAGGUAGUUAUUUCUACCUAAUUUACAACCCCGAGGCUCAGUGCUCCCGGCCUCGGCGGCCGCGAGCGGGAGCGACGGAACGUGUUUCCAGGCGCGGAGGCUUUGCCUAGAGCCCACUGCGGAAGAGCGCAGUCCGGCAAGCCCCGGCCCUGAGACUGGACCCUCCGCGGAGCCAGGCAGCACUGUGACCGCUUCGCCUCGCCGGACUUCCCCGCCUCCUACCCUCUCAGCCUCUGCUGGAGAGACCCACAGCCCCACCAUUCAGCGCGCAAGAUAUCCUCCAGAUAUGCCCUGCGUUCAAGCCCAGUAUAGCCCUUCGCCUCCAGGUUCCAGUUAUGCAGUGCAGACCUACGGCUCGGAAUACACCACGGAGAUUAUGAACCCAGACUACACCAAGCUGACCAUGGACCUUGGCAGCACUGAGAUCACGGCCACGGCCACUACGUCCCUGCCCAGCUUCAGUACCUUCAUGGAGGGCUACUCGAGCAACUACGAACUCAAGCCCUCCUGCCUGUACCAAAUGCAGCCGUCUGGGCCACGGCCCUUGAUCAAGAUGGAGGAGGGUCGCGCGCACGACUACCACCAUCACCACCAUCACCACCAUCACCACCACCACCACCAGCAGCAGCAGCAGCAGCAGCAGCAACCUUCCAUUCCGCCCCCCUCCGGCCCGGAGGACGAGGUGCUGCCCAGCACCUCCAUGUACUUCAAGCCGUCCCCGCCGUCCACACCCACCACGCCGGGCUUCCCUCCGCAGGCGGGGGCGCUGUGGGACGACGCGCUGCCCUCGGCGCAGGGUUGCAUCGCUCCCGGCCCGCUGCUCGACCCGCCGAUGAAGGCGGUGCCCACGGUGGCCGGUGCGCGCUUCCCGCUCUUCCACUUCAAGCCCUCGCCGCCGCACCCGCCCGCGCCCAGCCCGGCCGGCGGCCACCACCUGGGCUACGACCCGACGGCCGCCGCCGCGCUCAGCCUGCCACUGGGAGCCGCCGCCGCCGCCGCCAGCAGCCAGGCCGCCGCGCUCGAGGGCCACCCGUACGGGCUGCCGCUGGCCAAGAGGGCGGCCGCGCUGGCCUUCCCGCCGCUCGGCCUCACGGCCUCCCCCACCGCGUCCAGCCUGCUGGGCGAGAGCCCCAGCCUGCCGUCGCCGCCCAACAGGAGCUCGUCGUCGGGCGAGGGCACGUGCGCCGUGUGCGGGGACAACGCCGCCUGCCAGCACUACGGGGUGCGCACCUGCGAGGGCUGCAAGGGCUUCUUCAAGAGAACAGUUCAGAAAAAUGCAAAAUAUGUUUGCCUGGCAAAUAAAAACUGCCCUGUAGACAAGAGACGUCGAAACCGAUGUCAGUACUGUCGAUUUCAGAAGUGUCUCAGUGUUGGAAUGGUUAAAGAAGUUGUCCGUACAGAUAGUCUGAAAGGGAGGAGAGGUCGGCUGCCUUCCAAACCAAAGAGCCCAUUACAGCAGGAACCUUCUCAGCCCUCUCCACCUUCUCCUCCGAUCUGUAUGAUGAAUGCCCUUGUCCGAGCUUUAACAGACUCAACACCCAGAGAUCUCGAUUACUCCAGAUACUGUCCCACCGAACAGGCCGCUGCAGGCACAGAUGCCGAACAUGUGCAACAGUUCUACAAUCUCCUGACAGCCUCCAUCGAUGUAUCCAGAAGCUGGGCGGAAAAGAUUCCCGGGUUUACUGAUCUCCCCAAAGAAGAUCAGACAUUACUUAUAGAAUCAGCCUUUUUGGAGCUGUUUGUUCUCAGACUUUCCAUCAGGUCGAACACUGCUGAAGAUAAGUUUGUGUUCUGCAACGGACUUGUCCUGCAUCGACUUCAGUGCCUUCGUGGAUUUGGGGAGUGGCUCGACUCCAUUAAAGACUUUUCCUUAAGUUUGCAGAGCCUGAACCUUGAUAUCCAAGCCUUAGCAUGCCUAUCAGCACUGAGCAUGAUCACAGAACGACAUGGGUUAAAAGAACCAAAGAGAGUAGAGGAGCUAUGCAACAAGAUCACAAGCAGCUUGAAAGACCACCAGAGUAAGGGACAGGCUGUGGAGCCCAGCGAGCCCAAGGUCCUGGGCGCUCUGGUAGAACUGAGAAAGAUCUGUACCCUGGGCCUCCAGCGCAUCUUCUACCUGAAGCUGGAAGACUUGGUGUCUCCACCUUCCAUCAUCGACAAGCUCUUCCUGGACACCCUGCCUUUCUGAACAGGAGCAGCCUGAGGGGGGAGCCGCCUCAUUGGCUAGCGCCUCCGACUUGCUAAGCAGCAGAGGAUUUGGGUCUGGACACCUACCAUUUUCUGUCCUUGCUUAAGAGAGAGAAAAAAAAAAGCAGCUCCUGUAGAAAAGACUUUUUUUUUUUUUUUCUGGCACUUUUCCUUACAACCUAAAGCCAGAAAACUUGCAGAGUAUUGUGUUGGGGUUGUGUUUUAUAUUUAGGCUUUGGGGUUGGCGCGGGAGGGGAGGGUAUAGUUCAUGAGGGUUUUCUAAGAAAUUGCUAACAAAGCACUUUUGGACGAUGCUAUCCCAGCAGGAAAAAAAAAAAAAGGAUAAUAUAACUGUUUUAAAACUCUUUCUGGGGAAUACAAUUAUAGUUGCUUUGUAUUUAAAAACAAGAACAGCCGAUGGUUGUUCGCCAGAGUAGGAUGUGUCUUGAGGUUGAUCUUUAGAAUACACUUCCUGUGUCAAGGGUAUGUAUGUGGUGCAAACAAGGCAGAAAUUCUCUCUUCUUAAUUUCUUUCUUCCUUUAUUUUAACAAAUGGUGAAAGAUGAGGAUUACCUAUAAAUCAGACAUAGCAAAACGAUAAUGGCUGUUCGCUUCCAUAUACAAGUGCAAUUUUUAAAGUGCUGUCUUACUAAGUCUUGUUUGUUAACUCUCCUUUAUUUUAUAUGGAAAUAAAAAGGAAGCAGUCAUGCUGGCAAGUGACACAUGUUAAUUUUCCUAGCAGAGGCUUUGUCCACCUGCCCUAUAGAACCCUUCUGAGGUAUGGUCCGUCCAAGAUUUUAGGCAAUUCUUAAUGGAUCCAGAUCUCUGCCCUAACUGUCCAGCUGUCCCAAAGGGGGCUCAGAUUAUAAAAUGGAUUGCAUACAACUGUGUUGGUUGUGCUCUAUCAACCCAGACAGAGUUCCCUAAACUUGUUCCAGUUGAUAGCAACUAGCUGACACAUUCGUUCAGAAGCCCCAGGAGCAUUCAGUGAGUCUCACAUGUCUGAUCCGUAAAUAAGAACAUACAAAUAAGUAGGAACUGAUCAUACAGGGUAAACAUCAGAGAUAAUAAGAUUUUUUAAAUAUAUAUAAUUUAAUUUUUGUUACUGGUUACAGAGACAAUUUUGGAGAGCAAGUGAGUCUUACUUUAAAAAAAAUUAUAGUAUGAAUGUGACUACUAGACAGGAUUAGUGGGCUGCGUUUCAACAUUCCGUGUUCGUACUCCCUUUUGUAUGUUUAUACUGUCAAUGCCAUAUUACUACGAGAUAAUUUGUUGCAUAGUGUCCUUAUUUGUACAAACAUUUGUAUGCACGUUAUAUUGUAAUAGCUUUGCCUGUAUUUAUUGCAAGACCACCAGCUCCUGGAAACUGAGUUAGAGUACUUAAAUGGGGUGUUCACAGCGACUUGGAUACACCUAUUAGAAAUUAAAUAAACAAAUAUAUAUAUAAAUAUAGCAGGUUACAUAUAUAUAUUUAUAAUGUGUCUUUUUAUUAACCAUUUGUACAAUAAAUGUUACUUCCCAUGCAGUUAUUUUAUGGUUCAUUUGCAGUGACUUUUAAGGCAGUACUGUUUAGCACUUUGAUAUUAAAAUUUUGCUUAUGUUUUGCUAAAUUCGAAUAAUGUUUGAAGAUUUUUAGGUCGAAAAGUCUUUAUAUUAUAUACUCUGUAUCAAGUCAAAAUAUCUUUGGCCAUUUUGCUAAGAAACAAACUUUGAAUGUCAAACUGAUGUCACAGUAGUUUUUGUUAGCUUUAAAUCAUUUUGCUUUAGUCUUUUUAAAGAAGAAAGAACAGAACUAUGCUGUUUAUAUUGUCAUUAAAUUAUACAAUCAAACAAAUGCCAAAUGAAUUGCCUAAUUGCUGCAAAGGAUAACCCAGAUAGCAAAGCAUAUAUGUUUUUUUUUUUUCCAACAGUCAUUCUGAUAUUUGAUCAUGUAUUAUGUUUGUGUGAGCUUUUAUAAAAGAUUAUUAUUUUUAUAUCCAGGUGAUGGGGUCUGCAAUGUUAGGAUCUUGGAAUGUUAGACUUGGCAGAGGCCUGACUUGUUGACUGGUCCCCCACCCCUCCGAAACUCAUACAGGAGAAAACGGGGGCCCAGCGAAGAGUAAAGAUUACCCAAGAUCCAACAGGCUGGUUGGACCAGAACCAAGACUAGGACCUGGUUCUCUUUUCCAUAGUGUUUUUACUCAACUUACUACAUCUAUAGGAAAAUAGGCUUUUAAAAAUAACCACGACCAUUUACAUUUUACCUGAUGACCAUGAGGAAAGUAGUACUUUUGCAUUAAUUUUUUGAGCUUAUAUGCAAACAUAAUAAACAUUAUUAAAUAUCAGGAAAGCUAACAUUUCAUACAAGGUAGCUUCAGAUCAAAUUCAAAUUGAAUUUGAAUAAAUUAGAAAUGCUGUGCAUACAUAACCCUUUUGUGCACCAUUGGUAUUGGAAAGUUAAUCCUUGUUUUUUGUCAUAUCCAUAAGAGAAAAACAAAACAAACAGAAAAACCAGACCCCUGGAGAAAUGCUGUUACUUUUUAUUUUUACACCCAUCAGAUUUAAGGAAAAGACUUUUUAGCCGUAAUAUUGAUUGGUUGAAAUGAAUGAAGGUUUUUAGUUAUAGGUCUAGACGCUAGUGCUGACAAUAAUGGUUAUAGCCAGUGUGCUUCCGUCUUCCAUAGUUGUAAUAACUAUGAGAGCUUCCCACAUAAUCCAUCAAUUCAACUCCCUUUUUUGUCUUGAUGUUGACACACAAGUUUAUACAGAGUGGAUGACCAAACUAGCUCAGAAGAGGACAGCAAGAAUUAAAGCAGGUGAUUCUUCCUUGUGGGAGAGCUCUCUCAGUGUGAACACGCCUUCUGUGGGCAGAAAUCAGGAAUCCACCAGCUGUUAAUGGAGAGUGCCUUGCCUUUCAUUUCAGACAGCAGAGUUUUCCAAAGUUUCUCUGCUCUUCUAACAGCAUUGCUCUUUAGUGUGUGUUAACCUGUGGUUUGAAAGAAAUGCUCUUGUACAUUAACAAUGUAAAUUUAAAUGAUUAAACUACAUUUUAUCAAUGGC